ACACUCUCACACACACACACACACACACACAGACAAAGACAAAGUGCCUUCCCUUCCAUUCUUGUCUCAGUCCUCACUCUUCCACUUGAGACUUGAAGGCAAAAACCGACCCCAUUAAUUGUCACUCACACACACAGAGACCUCUCUGAGAAGCACUAAUAAUAAAUGCCUUGAGUCCUUGACACUGUCUUGUACGGCUUUUCUCCAACUACCUCUCCAUUUAUAGCCUCAAUAUUUUCUUUUAGUGACGCAAACAUUCACCGGUGAACAAGAAAACCCAUUAUUGCUACCACUUUUCUUAUUGCAUUCAUCUUCCCAAUGUUUCUCUUUUAAGUUUUUCCUGUUAACUAUCUGGAACUUAUUACUUAUAUAAAAGAGAUAUGCUUUCAUGAACUUUGCUUUGUUCUCCAUGCUUCCUUGUUUUGCUGCUACAUGGGUUUUUGACCAACUAGUUUGAGCAUUACUAUUUUCCGUGGAAGCAAAAAACUUGCCCUUUUGAUUUUUCCAGGAAGAUAUUUUCUUUCUGUUUUUCUGUCAGCGUCUUAGAUUUCAGCUCCUUCUGCUUCAUGGGUUUUCUCGAAUUUGGUUAACCAAGAGUCGUUGGAGAGCAUCUGAGGCUAAAUUUGGGGUUUUAGUUUCUUGAAUUUCCUUCCAAGUUACUGUAAAGUACGUUCUUUUUCAGUGUCUACAGCUUCGAACACUCGUGGAAUGGGAAAUUUGAAUUUGCUGCUUCUAGUGGUUCUUUUAUGGGUUUUCUUCAUUCCAAGCUCUUAUGAGUUACAUCCCUCCCAGACCCAAGUUUUAUUGCAGAUAAGGAAGCUUUUGGAGUACCCUUCCUCAUUGCAAACUUGGGAAAAUUCCUAUGGAGACCUCUGCAACUUGCCUAAAUCAGCACAUGUGAGUAUCACAUGCCAGGACAGUAUUAUCACUGAGCUCAAAAUUAUGGGGGAUAAGCUUGUCAAGGUCAGUGAGUUCCAUGGAUUUGCAAUUCCCAAUAUGACACUAUCUGAAAGCUUCUCUAUUGAUUCCUUUGUUACUACAUUGACGAGGUUAACCAGUUUAAAAGUUCUUAGCUUAGUGUGUUUGGGGAUUUGGGGACCACUUCCUGAUAAGAUUCAUAGGCUAUAUUCGCUUGAACUUUUGGAUUUGAGCUCAAAUUUUAUGUAUGGUUCAAUUCCACCUAAGAUAUCUAGACUAGUUAAGCUUCAUACUUUGACACUGGAUUCCAAUCAUUUCAAUGACACUGUCCCUGAUUGGUUGGGCUCAUUUUCAAACCUCACCAUUUUGAGUUUGCAGAGUAAUGGAUUCAAGGGUCAGAUUCCUUUUUCUAUAAGCAAAAUCAAGACACUCACUGAUCUUGUCCUGUCCCACAAUGAGCUUUCUGGCAAAUUACCUGAUUUGAGUACUUUAACCAAUCUACAUUUAUUGGAUAUAAGAGAAAAUCAUUUGGAUUCUGAACUACCAGUCAUGCCCAAAGAGUUGGUUACAGUGCUACUGAGCAAUAACUCGCUCUCAGGAGAGAUUCCUGAGCAAUUUGGUGAGUUGCAUAAACUUCAACACCUUGAUCUAUCUUUCAACCAUCUGAGUGGAACUCCUCCCUCUGCCUUGUUCUCUUUACCAAACAUCAGUUAUUUGAAUUUAGGGUCUAAUAUGCUCAGCGGGUCACUUCCAGAUGAGUUAAGUUGUGGUGACAAACUUGGGUAUGUUGAUUUAUCUAGUAACAAGUUGAUAGGCCAACUUCCUUCUUGCUUGAACAGUACAUCAGAUAAGAGAUAUGUUAAAAUUGAUGGAAAUUGUUUGUCCUGUGAUUCCAAAGAUCAGCAUGAAGGAUCGCAUUGUCUUAUAAACAGUAAACAAUCCAGAGGAAGAGAUAUAGCAGUAGUAGUUGCUGUCAUUAGUGGAGCUGUUCUUGUUAUGGUGCUUUUGGGGUUGGGAGUUCUACUCUUGUGUAAAAGAUGCCGUUCAAGGACACAGGAGCAGCAUGUAUUGUCAAAGAACGUGCAAGAUAAUACACCAACUGGGAUUUCCUCUGAGCUCCUUGCAAAUGCCAGGUUCAUUUCUCAAGCAGCAAAGCUAGGGACACAAGCACCCGUCUGUCGAUUGUUUUCUUUUGAGGAGUUGAAGGAAGCCACAAACAACUUUGAUUCAUCAAGGUUUCUUGGUGAAGGCUCUAUGGGGAAGAUUUAUAAAGGUCAAUUGGAGAAUGGGACCUAUGUAGCCAUACGCUCUCUGUCUUUGGUGAAGAAAUGUUCGAUUCCAAACCUUAAAGCUAAGCUUGAUCUGCUUUCAAAGCUUCACCAUCCACAUUUGGUAGGCUUCUUGGGUCAUGGCAUUGAUGGUAGUGGACAAGAUGAUUCCAGUAGCAGCAAAGUUUUUCUUGUAUAUGAAUAUGUACCUAAUGGGAAUUAUCGCACUCAUCUGUCAGAAAGUUGUCCAGAAAAGGUUUUUAAAUGGUCAGAUAGACUGGCAAUUUUAAUUGGAGUUGCCAAGGCUGUGCAUUUUCUACAUACUGGUGUAAUUCCUGGUUGCUUGAAUAACCGAUUAAAAACAAACAACAUAUUGCUUGAUGAGCAUGGGAUUGCAAAGCUAAGUGACUAUGGGAUGUCAAUCAUCACAGAGGAAAUCGAAAAGUUUGAGGCGAAGGGAGAAGACCUGAAAUCAUGCCAUCGAACAAACGCAGAGGAUGAUGUUUACAACUUUGGAUUCAUAUUGCUCGAAUCACUUGUUGGGCCUAUAGUGACUGGAAAAGGAGAAGUAUUUCUCCUAAAUGAAAUGGCAUCCUUUGGCAGUCAAGAUGGUCGAAGACGAAUUGUGGAUCCAAUAGUGUUGACCACUUGCUCGCAAGAGUCGUUAUCAAUAGUGGUAUCCAUCACAAACAAAUGUAUAGCUACUGAAUUGUUAUCUCGUCCCUCUUUUGAAGAUGUCCUUUGGAACUUACAAUAUGCAGCUCAAAUCCAAGCCACUGCUGAUUCUGAUCAGAGAUCAGAUUCUACAACAUAGUUGUAAGUUUAUGGAUACCGCAACACCUGAGAUUCAUUCUAAAGAAGCCUCCUGAAAUUUGUAGCCACACAAGGUAUGCCUGCAUUUGGGCUGCCUUCCCUCACAGCAAUGUGAAAUGUAAAAAGUUGUAAAUUUUCAUUUUUGUUUGCUUUUCCUUUUAUACUGCUGAAUUUUGGUAGAAUAAAAGUUGUUUAGUUACAUUUUCUGUUUAAGACAAUAGUGGUAGGCCUUUGUGCACAGUGCCUUUUUUGAAUG